AUGAUUUCACAGGAUAACAUUACAAAAAAUUAUUUUUAUAAUUACGCCAUAACUCUGACAAAUGUUACCGAAGGAGAAGUUUUUUGUUAUUCUUUGCCUAUAAUCAAAGGCUACGUGUCGGCUUAUUCAAUAGAUUGUAAUUCCGAAGGAGAGAAAACAAUAUUGUUAAAAAAAUUCGAUAAUAAUAAUUGUUCAGAAGAAGUUACCACGUGGCCGGUCAUAAAUGGAAAUUUUAAAUGUUUGGCAAAAUUAAACGUGGGAAAAAAUCAUUUCGAAUUCGAAUUCGAAGACUGUGUGUUGAAUUUAAAUAUUGAAUAUAAGACGAAAAAUACCAGCUAUCACGUUUUACCCGUUUAUAUAAUAUGUAGUGGUCACGAUGGUAGAUUUCAGGCACCCGAAGACGAAGACAGUUCUCCGGAAAGUGCUUGUAAAAGAAUAUCUCUGGGUUCGAAACUCAUACAAUCGUUUACGGCAGAAAAACUUUACGAAUGUAACAUGGGUAAAAGAACAUUUCAACUUUCCGGUGACAUGGAUUUAAACAUGGAAUGCAUUAUAUUUUAUAGUAAAUUAACUCCCGAAGAAGUUUACGAUAUGGAACAAGAAGAGAUUUGGGAACAUUUCGGUAGAGAACUCAUGUCUUCUCAAUAUGGAAGUGAUAAACGUAAAUUUUUAGCAUUUUUGUCUUGCACAAAAUACAUUCCGAGUGAAAAAGAGCCAGAAACUUACGAGGAAAUGGUGGCGAGAAUGCAAGGACACAUUGCCUUGGGUGGAGGAGGUUUAGCAAUAUUUGGAACUGGUUGUCUUCAUACAUGGCCGGAAACCAUAAGUCAAAUUUUACCAAAAUUUCAUGACGAAACAAAAGUCGAUAAAAAUAAAUUUAUGGAUGAUAGUUCUGUUUGUCACGAGUUGGGACACGCAUUCGAUUUAGGGCAUUCUAAAAAAGGUAUUAUGGCGAGAGGAUUCGAUAAUAUCAAUUUAGUAUUUACCAUAGGAAAUCAAACCAAAGACGCAAAUAAAAACGUAACGGCACGAAACGAAGCUCAACAUUCGACGGUUUGUUUUACUAAAAAUUUAAACAUAACUUACCGAAUGUCAUCUCCAAUCAAAAGGCUUAGAGGUCGUCAAUCCAUGCUCCGGUCUAAUAGUCCUCGAAAAGACUCCUCAUUAAAUGAUUUUGAAAAUAAAAUUUGGAAUUCCAAAACCUGUAAAAAUGAAAUGUAUCAAAAUGACAAAAGAAAAAUGACGUCAACUUCAAAAGUUUGGAUAGAUGAUUUGACAUUUUGGGAUAAAAGUUGUGCUGUUUUACUUAAAUAUCAUAGAAAUACUAUAUAUUCAUCUUCUGGUAUUCGAGUCAUAGAGCUUCGAAACGAUAAUGGACUUGUUCUUACCUCAUGGGAAUUUUUAAACACUUAUUUACCUAAACAAUUUAUCAUACCUGUACAUAACAUAAACACAAAGAAUGGAUUGGGAUACAUUUAA